AUGUCGAUAGUUGAUCGCUCGCUUGCUGAUGAAGUAUCCAAACUUUCUUUUCUCACAGCUGAGGAGCUAGAGCAAAUCGGCAAUAAUCCUCUUGAAAUUAUUAAAAAGGCCCAAGAAUAUAUUUCUAAAAAGGACGAUGAACUUUUGGAAUGUAGAGAGGAAAUUAAAACAAUCAGACUCGCCAACGAGUCUCUGAUGAACAAAUUUGAGCAACAAGAAAAUUCUAAACUUGAAGAUAGUCAGCUUCUCAAGGAAAGGAUUGAACAUUUCAAGAGCGAAAACAAAAGUUACCAGGAACAAUUGGACCAUCUUACAAAACAAAUUAAAGAUGCGGAAAAGAGGUGGCACGAGCAAAGGAUGGAGUUGGACCAAGCUAAUACCCAGAAUGAAGAUCUAAAGAUUGAAAAAUCUAGAUUAACAUCACUAUUAGAAAAGAAAACUAAAGAAGUUGAUGAUCUAAAUUCACAUAUCGAGUCACUUAACCAAAAAAUUACUGAACAUUUUAAAUCUAAAAAGGAACUAGAGGAAAAGCUUCAAGAAACUUCUUCAUCUUUGUUACCUCUCAAGUUUACUAUUGAGAAGCUACAACAAGAGAAGGAAUCAUUAGAAAAGCAAAAUCAAUGGUUUAACUCGGAGCUUUCAUCAAAACAAGAACAAAAUACAAAGCUUAAAUCGGAUUACAUCCUUCAAUUGAAUGACCUCCAAAUACAAGCAACAAAAGACAGUGAAACUAUAACUAGUUUAACUGAGAAAUUGAAUUCUUUGGAACAAUCAAACAAGGAAUAUCAACAAAAGUACCAACAAAAGAUAACCGAGAUUAGAGAGUGUAAGAAUAAUCACCUUGAAGAAAUUGAUAGGUUAAAAGAGGAACUUUCUAAUGAAAAGAGGUUAUCCGAUUUAUACAAAAAUAGACAUGAGGAUUUGGAAGAUAAAAUCAAAGAGCUUGAAAAACAACUUUCCACACUUAAGGAUUCUAAACAAAGAAUGGAUCAAACCUUUGAAACUGAAAGAGAAGAAAUAUCUCAAGAACUAAGACAAUCAAAGGAUAAAAUCCGUCAAUUGGAAGAACAAAUUAACAAGCAUAAUCGCGACUUGGAGCAAAAUGCCCAACUUCGUGCAUCAACCCUAGUUAACCAAGGUAUUAGCCCUAGUGAUAUUUACACCAAACAUGCUGCCACUGUCGAAGUAUUGAAAGAGAAGAAAGAGGAGAUUAAAAAUCUUCAAGCAUCACUCGAAACUGCUAACCACACAGUUAAAAAUCAAGAAACUGAAACAGAGAGAAAAGUUGGACUUCUCACAACUCAAAACGAAGAUUUGAUCAAACAAAAAGACGAAAUUGAGCAAAGAGUUAAGGACUUAGAAAGACAAUUGGAAAUUUCCUUCUCUAGAGUUGAAACUUUAAAUAUUCAACUCAAGAAGGUGCAAGAUAAUACAAUUCCAUCUUCAUCUGACAAUGUUUCUCACGAGAAUGCACAAGAAGUACUAGGCCUCCAAGAAACAAUUUCUUUCAUAAGAAGGGAGAAGGAAAUGUUAAGAUCUAAACUCGCUAUUUCAGAACAAGAGCUCAAAAAUACUAAACAAAAGUUAGAGCAUGCCUAUAAGGAACUUGCAAAUGCCCAAGCAGAGCUAUCAACUGAAAGAGAAAAGGCCCAAAAUCAUACCAAAGAGCAAGAUCGUACUGGACAACAAAUUGCCGAUCUUCAAGAGCAAGUCCAAGUCUUUAAGGAAAGUAAUAUUUCAUUAAGACAGCAAAAUGAUCAACUCAACAGAAUGUUGAAUCAAACAAGAGAAGAUCUCACUGAUGUUAGAAAGCAAAUGGCUCCAAUGAAUCAAACUAUCAUUGAACUUAGGAAGGAAAAGGAAAUGAGGGAAGAGGAAAUAUCUACUCUUAGAGAAGAUGUUAUCAAGUAUCAAAAUAAGGCUCAACACUUGGUUGAAAAAUUCAAGCAAAUUGACCCAGAGGUUCAUGAUAGAUUGGUGAAAGAAAAGUCAUCUCUUGAAGAAUCUGUCAAAGAAAAGGAAGAGUUGUACAAUACAGAAGUUCAAAAGGUUAAACAGCUUAAGAUUGAUAUUCAAAAUCUCAACAUUCAAAUUUCCACUUUCAAGACAAAGAUUAAUUCUUUGGAAACUAAGAACUCUGAGUCAGAGUCUAAAUUUUCAAAAUUGUCAUCCGAACAUUCAGAGCUAGAAAAGGAAAAGACUCAAUUAUUGGAAAAGAAAGACAAGAUGAUGGAUAUUCUUCGUAAUCAAAAGGCCAAGAUUGAAACAUUAAAGAAUGAAAAAUCGGCAUUGGAAGAAAAACUUAAGAAUACUGAAUCUGUUGGUGAGCAAAGUGUUUCUCCAAGCACUAGAGAUGAACCACCUAAGGAAGAAUCCAUAAAACAAGAUGAUGAAGAAGAAAAAAAGAAAGAGGAAGAAAGAAAGAAAGAAGAAGAACGAAAGAAGGAAGAAGAAAGAAAGAAAGAAGAGGAGCGUAAAAAGGAGGAAGAACGAAAGAAGGAGGAAGCCACAAGAAGGGAAGAAGAACGAAAGAAGGAGGAAGAACGAAAGAGAGAAGAAGAGGCUCGUAAGAAAGAAGAGGAACGAAAGAAGGAAGAGCUUCGUAAAAAGGAUGAAGAAAAGAAGAGUGCUGCUGAAAAGGUGAAGGAAAGUCUUCGUGCACAACUCUUACUUCAAAUCAAACCUGUUGUAACUCCACCUGUUGCUUCAUCCUCAGCCUCACCUUCUACCUCUGAAUCAACAACUGUAAAUCCUACUGCUACCACUUCUAAUGUAAAUACUACUCCUGCUCAAUCAAGUUCUCAAGAAGAUGAAAAAUUCACAGGAAAACGUUCAAUUGACGAAUUUAAGAAUGAUGAAAACGAAAAUUCCGAAGAUAAUCAAGCUGUUACACCAUCGAGUACAGAUAUUGAAAGGCCAAAUAAGAAAGUUAAAACUGAUGAAGAGGAAUCGAAUGAUAGGGAAGAGGAAUCAGCCAAUCAAUCUAAAUCAUCAAGAUUCAGACGACCAAAUCUCAAUAAGGAAAAGAACCAACAAUCAUCCUCUGAAGAUUCCAAGCAAGAUGAAACUGUCAUGACAGAAGAAAAGUAA